AUGCCGGCGAAACGUCUGGGAAUGUGCCAUGUCCAUGGUCCUAUUCUAGCAAUGAUGAUGCAUUUAAUAGACUCCGGACUUGAAGCGCUAAAACAGAGUACCUCAUCCAAAAGGAAUGACGAUUAUGCGGAUUACUGCAUUCCAUUAGAGGCCAGAGAUCCCGUAAUUCCACUUUCGUUAUCCACUUUGCCACCAUCUGACUCGUCUGGGUAUUUUGACCAUCCUAUCAGUGAUGUUGAUUAUGCCAAUUUGACACCAAGACAUAUUGUUGCAGACAUCUUAUCAGGUGUUUCUGGAGGUGGCCUUCCCGCUGCCUCACGCUUGGCUGCAGGUGGGGAUGCUGAAAUGGACGACUAUCUAGUACCGAUUGAACCGCCUACUGAACCAUUGUUACCUCCGACUACGAGCUCCAAUAGCGAGGAUACUUCUGAAAGAGGUUAG